GUCAGAACAAAUGAAGCUUCGAAGCAUUAAUGACAUUUCAUUUAAUCAAGUGGUUGUAGUCUCAGGCAUUACAAUUUGUACUUUGGCUGUAAUUUAUUUUUUCCGAAAGUGCAAAGGGUGUGAUGGCCAAAGGACCAAAGGACCGAUAACAUUGGAGAAUUCUGAAGAGAAAUAUGCGCUGAAAUUGAUUGGAAAAGAGGAGGUUUCGCAUGACACAAGACGUUUUCGCUUUGCAUUGCCGAGUGAGAAUCACGUCCUUGGACUGCCGAUUGGACAAUUUAUUUAUGUUAGCGCUAAGAUUGACGAAAAAAUUGUAAUUCGGCCGUACACUCCUGUCACUAGCGAUGACGAGAAGGGUUUUGUUGAAUUCAUUAUUAAGGUCUACCAUCGGAAUGUCCACCCCAAAUUCCCUGAUGGAGGAAAAAUGUCUCAACAUAUGGAUAGCCUUAAAAUCGGUGAUACUCUUGACUUUCGCGGACCGAAUGGUCUAAUUCAUUACAAAGGAAAUGGAAAGUUUGCAAUCAAAGCAACAAAGAAAGGUCCAUCAGUGCCUCGACACUUUGAUGAGAUUGGACUUAUUGCUGGGGGAACAGGCAUAACACCGAUGUUGCAGUUAAUUAGAGAAAUACUUAAACAUCCUGAAGACCCAACCAAGAUUUCUUUGCUUUUUGCCAAUCAAACGGAAGCUGACAUUUUGUUGAAGUUAGUUAAAUUUCAGAAAAAUUGGAAUAAUUUUAAAUAA